AUGCCUGCCACCGAGGGCCAUGAGCAGGACCGAGAAUCGGAGCACCUUCUGGACCAGCUGAUUGAACUUGGGAACGGGCUGCUGGCGCAAGAAAACUUCGAAGAUGCUAUGGUGGCCUUCCACCAAGUUCUCGCAGCCAUGAAGCCGGAGGCCUCAGAAGGCUUGGGCAAAGAGGAGACGUACCAGAGGGUCAGCUGCAAGCCGGUGAAGCCAUCAACAUCUACAGUCUGCGCAAGACUUUGCCCCAGAGACUGCCACACCAGCGAGUGCAGAUCUAUGAAGCUGCAUCCACUCUCGCAGCAAAUCAAGGGAGUUCGAUGCUGGCCUUGCUUGGGCUUUGCCUGGCAUACCUUGGAAGCGGAGAGCUGGAGCUCUGUGUUGCAGCUGCAGGGGCUGCCAUCCGGCUGUCCCCGUCCCCGCCAUGGCAGGCCUUCUACGCUCGAGGAGCUGUAUUCCUUGAGAACAAAGACUUGA